AUAUAAGCAAAAAUUUUCCAUAAAUUAAUAAUUUACUCCAAAGCAUCAUUUUCUGUCUUUCAACAUAUAUACAGUCUCUCAUAGUGUCUCCAUCUGCUCAUUUCCCAAUCUCUUUGCCCUUUAGUUUCCAAACCUUACUUCCUCGUGUUAGUCUUCUUCUUUUCUCUCAUCUCUCCAUUUUCUUGAUAGUUGAUACUAAACUUUUAGACUUUCCUCUCACUUUUCACUAUCAACUACCUAUUUCUUUCACUAUUUUUCAAUCUAGUCCUACUGUUUUUUCCCUGGAUAACAUUUUACUUUCAUCUCUGUUCUUUUCUUUAAACUCAUCGUCAAGAAGACAGUACAAAGAUCAUGGGAUUCUUGAAGGCAAGUUUACAUGAGCAACUGCAACCAAUACUUGAGCCACCACCAACACCAGCAACGGCGGAGCCGAACAGGAAUUAUAGCUCGACUAUGCGGUGGAAGACAUUUUGGUAGCAAUGGAGAGCAUGAUAUUGAAGGUUGGAUAGAAAGAAGGUGCAGAAGUUGCAUUGAUGGUGGAUUACCUCCACCUCCACCUCCACCACCACCACCACCACCACCACCUCCGCCACCAGAAGAGCCAAAGCCAGUAACAGAAGAAGCAAAGAAGUGAAUAUUACUUUACCAUACAUUUAUGAUAGUGAUUUUCAUAUGAUAUGAUGUGUAUUAAUAUAAUAAAUAUACUAGAUGCAGUACAUUAAUUAGUUUUAUAGUGUUAAUUAAAGACUAAUGAUUUUUUUUUCUUUACCAUAAUCAUGAUGAUAAUGUAUUUUUGUUAAGGCUUGAUUUAUUACUUUUCUUUUAAUUUUAACUAUCUAAACUAGGUUUAGCUUUCUCCC